UGGAGGAGCCAGAGAGACUGCAGCAGCACAUCAUCAUCCUCCUCCUCAGCUGCUGCUGCUGCUGCUGCUGCUGUUAGCCCACCUGACAACCAGGACAACCAGGACAACCUCCACCACCUCCACCUCCACCGUUCAGCCUCUCAGCCGGUUCACAUCCCCGACCACCCCGCGUCCUGGAGGGGGGACAUGGGGGGCAUCUAGCCCGCUCUGCUGACCAACUAGACUCCUCUGGAAGCGGUCGAGGUCUGACUCCCAGCAGACAGAAAGAUGGUCUCCUGGAUGAUCUCGAGGAUAGUUGUCCUUGCCUUUGGGACGCUCUACCCGGCAUACUCCUCAUACAAGGCAGUCAAAACGAAGAAUGUGAAGGAAUAUGUGAAAUGGAUGAUGUACUGGAUAGUGUUUGCGUUGUUCACUACUGCAGAGACGGCCACAGACCUGCUGCUAUCGUGGUUUCCAUUUUACUUUGAGCUAAAGAUUGCCUUUGUGAUCUGGCUCCUGUCCCCGUACACCAAGGGCUCCAGUGUCCUCUACCGCAAGUUUGUCCACCCAACGCUGUCCAGCAAAGAGAAGGAGAUAGAUGAGUACAUAGCGCAGGCCAAAGACAGGAGUUAUGAGACCAUGAUGAGGUUUGGAAAGAGAGGUCUCAACCUGGCUGCUACUGCUGCGGUCACCGCGGCCACCAAGGGGCAGGGCGUGCUGUCGGACAAGCUGCGGAGUUUCAGCAUGCAGGACCUGACUCUCAUCAACGCCGAGGACGAGCUGGAUCUGCGCACUACAGACGCCCGCAUGAGACGGGACCCUAUGGACGAGAUGAGCUCGGGGUCCAGCACACUGCCCCGGGCCAAGAGCACCACUGCACGGCAGACCCGCUCUUUGGCGGCCGCAUCCCUUGCUGACGAGACGUCAUCCCAACACAGCUCUGACCAAUCAGACACGAGAACUGAACACUCUGAUGAAGACCCUGGAGACAAAGCCCCCAAACGCGCCGCCACUGUCAAGGCAACCAAGAAACCUGCUGCUGCUAAGACGGAGAUUCAAACCAAGACGGUGAAGAAGCCGACCAAGAAAAAGGUCACGGCUCUCAGCGCGGAGACGCCACCCUGAGGCCUGCUGUCCACAUCCAACGACCUACGCCCUCUCUCCCCCCACAGCCUGUAGGCCUCUUCUUCCUCCGUUUGGUCUCCACACAAACACACACUGUAAAUAUGUCGAGCACUGAAACGGUGUCACUCUUGCUGGGGUUUUAGAGUAAAGUGCAGGUUUUGUUUUUUUAGCAGUAUCUGGGCACCUUCAGGUUGGGAACUGCUCUUUUCUAUUUUACUGGGUUGUUGCAUAUUUUCUUUACUUUCUGUGAGCUCAUCCCAGAUUUAACAGUCUGGGAUGUUUCUUUUAGUCUGAUAAUGGUUAGUUAUACAUCCAUAAAUGCUCCUUUAACCCCUAGACGUUUGAUUGAAUUAUCUCCAGUAGGAUGUCACAUUCUUCUCCUAGUUAUCUAGAUUCCCUUAUGUGUCCUCCGGGCUACUCCUGCUUGGUUUCAGUUUAAAAAAAUAAGACCUUCUCGGUGCGUCGCAGGAUACAAGUCUGGGUCCUCAUCUGGACCGGACCGUGAUGGUAGAUCUCCUCAGAUGUUGUCUCUGGAGCACAAACAUCACAAAAACAGUUGGCUAUAAGUUUAUUACUGAGGAGUAAGAAGGUGGUUGACCUCAACUUUAAAGCAUUGCCCAAUAGUUAUAGACAUCCUUAAUUACUGUUUCAGACCUAAUCGUUCCCACUUUUAACUACAGCUCAGCUCAUGCCAACUGUUUUGGUUCCCUAUUUUAACCUUAAUUUAAACUUCUUUGACUGCAUCUUAGGCCUCACAGCUUGUGGAGGAGAUUAACUUCCCCUCAUUAAGCCUGUAUACCUCUGAGUGAGUCUAGCUCUGCUAAGUUCAGGUCUCACUUACGGCAACUUUCUUUCUCACUGCUUCUUAAUGUGACUUUCACGUCACAUGUACUGGUGGUGACGGGAGUGGUUUGUUUAGUGUUGGCUGGUUAUCCUACAUCUAGACUUCACUCCCUUAUUUUUACUACACCUCUGUUUUAUUCAGUUCUUUUGGUAAUGUGAUAUAUUAGUAAUAAGUAAUGAUCAGUUGUGCAUAGCCGGGGGCCUCUUAAGGUUAAUGCUGUAAACUCCCGAUAAAUGCAGUAGUCAUAGAAGAGUUGCCGGUGUUUGUGAGGUAACCUGCUUUCACCACUGUAAGUGACGUCCGUAUAUUGUUUGCGUUCAAGUUCAACAUUAGAAAGUCAUGGAGUAGCUCUGCACUGUCUCACUCCUUUUUACCCUGCUGUGUGGUGACACACUGCUCUCUUUGUAAUAUUUAUACUAUCGCAGAAGCCAGGAUAAAGCGAAGCAAUAUGGAAGUAAUUAAACCAAAAUGAGAACAUAUACCUGUGCUGUUGUUCCAGAUGUAGAGGAAGUGAAUCUAAACAGACUGGACUUUAGUUUUGGGAUGGGCUCCUCUGGUUGCACUGGGUGUGGUUUCUUCUGAGUCCUUUAAUGAGAGAGAUUUAAAAGCAUGAGACUACUUCUGCUGUCUGCAGUGUGACACUAGUUUAAACCAGUAGAGGGCAACAAAUUCCACCUCAACUUGUUGGCAGAGUUACUAAACAAUAUGUAAACACAGUGUAAAUAGUAACCUUGACUGUAUAUACAGAAUGAGCUUGCUUGCCUUAUUCAUUCUCUGGGCUUAAAUCCAUUUACUUAAAAAAAAAAAAAAUCGUAGUCUUGACAAAUCGUAUGAUCUUAAACUGGAAGAAGCGCAGACUCUAAGUGAUUUUUUUUUUGUUGUUGUAUUUUUAACAUGUUUACUUGUAUUUUUUCUUGUUAAUUUUAACUCCUCUCCAUCACUAAGUAGGGAAUCUCCAAAUGCGUAUAAACUGAUGUUUGUACAUCCACAUUCUGCUCUGUACUCUACUUAGUCUUUUAAGGCCCAAAAGUUGAAAACAGACUUUUGACAUAAUUUAACGUUUGCACUCAAUGAAAAUACUUUUUUUUUUUUUACACAACCCUGUAUUUUUAUCUUGUGUUUAUACCAUUUUUGGAUAUUUGUUUGUUAUUUUCUGUUUGAAAUCAGUAUUGUAUACAGGGAUGCUCAUUUGUAUAUUAUUUGUGCCAAUUCUCAAAGCUCCAUGUGAAAAAGGGUUACAGUGUGUGUGCUGGGACAAUGUUAUCUAUAACAAGGACAUGUAUCAGUAAUAAAACUACUAAUAAAGGAAAUCAAAUGUUA